CAAUAGUGAGGGUAAAUAAAUUUUAAAAUUGUUAUAGAUAAGUAAAAAUCUCUAACCAUAAUCGUACUAUUGGAGCUAUUGCCAUAAAAAAUAUUUGUUACUAUAAGUUGCGUUAUUCUACAUUGUUUUGACCGACAUUUUUUGCAUUUUGGUGUGGUCCUUACUCUAUAUGCAGCAUGAUAGAGACAAAUUAUCUGAAAACAUAAGAAGGCUACUACCGUUCCCAUAUUCUUAUGAGUCAAGACGACGAAAAUUUGAAUAUACAGAAGAGACUUUCUUAGGUGUCUACAGUACAUGUGAAGCAAAGCCUAAUGAGCCUCUAUCGAUUAAGACUUUGUGUUGCAAGACAAGACACGGGAGUAACUCUUUAGCCGAUGAGAAGAAGAUUUUUCGGGAGAUAACAGCAGCAAUAGAUACAAGAGAAGUCGUUGAAAGUGCUAAAGAGACCAAAUUCGUUCACAAUAAGGUUCUCUUCAACCAAACACAUCCCAUCAAAAUGAUCUCCAAUGCCAAUGUGGAGAGGCUUAAACAGAAAAUGCACGUCAUUACAAAAGACAUUAGAUCUAUCGAGAAGCGUUUAAAUAGAAUUAACCAAAAGAAAGACCAAAUGUAUGCACAAAUUCUUACACUCCAGAAAACAACAUGAUACGUAUUUGUGACUGCUUUAUCGACUACUUAAUAUUUUUUACAUCAGAAAUCACUCA